UACAAUAUGUCAUCAUUCGUAAAUACUUGUUGUAUCAAAAAUUGUACGCCCAAGUCACGCGAAAAAACUAAUGGAAAUUUAUCUAUUAAAUUCUAUCGUUUUCCGUCGAGCACAAUCGGAUCUGCUUGGAAAAUAGACAAACGAUUAAAAUGGAUUAACGCAGUAAAAAAUUACAUCAAAUAUUCAAAUGAUUGGGAACCUCAAAAUCAUUCCAGGAUUUGUAGUCUUCAUUUUAUUAACAAUGAAAAAUCAGACAAUCCAACACAUCCUUCCUAUAUUCCAUCCAUUUUUCCUGACGAUGAAAAUAACAAGUCGAUUCAAGGUUUACAACGUUUUGAAUCUGAAAUACAGAGUGGUCAAAUAACCAGUAUGGAAAAGAGACAAUAUGGAAAAUGGGAAGAGGAAAAUAUGCAACAGGCAAUUGAAGCGUACCGUAAUAAAAGCUGCGGUUUUAAUGAGUGCUGCAGAAGAUUUGGCAUUCCGAAACCAACUUUCAGAAGACACAUUAAUGGAACGAUUAAAAGACCUUUAUCGUUUGUAAAAAAGAACGGUAAAUUACCCACAUUAUCGGAAAAUAUUGAAAAAGAGCUAAUUAAUCGCAUCCUUAACCAUGAAUCAAAUUUUCAUGGCUUGAGCAUCACAGAUGUAAGACGAUUAGCCUUUGAAAUUGCGGAAGAAAAUCAAUUGCCACAUAAAUUUAAUCGUGAAAUUAAAUUGGCAGGAAAAAAAUGGUUUUACGAUUUUCUUAAAAGACAUCCAAACCUUCCGAUUCGAAUCCAAUCUGAAAAUGCUUUACGAGUAACGCACGGCUCAAAUAAAGAAGAACUGAAUCAUUUUUUGGAAAAAAUAGAAAAAUAUAUUCGAUUAAAUCGAAUCGAUGUAAAUAGAAUUUAUAACAUGGAUGAAUCAAUGUUUUCCACGGUCCAAAAAAAGUCUGGAAAAAUAGUUUGCCAAAGAAGAAAGAAAAGAAUUGAAAUUGGGAGCAGACGUUUGAAUACAACCAUAGUUUACUGCGCAAAUGGUGCAGGAUCAUUUAUUCCUCCUAUGUUCAUUUUUAGAGAACAUUUAGAUCCGAACUUAAGAAUUGAAGUUCCCCCUGGAAGUUUAGUAGAAGUUGCUGAACGUGGAGCUAUUACAAGUGAAUUACUUAUGAAAUGGUUGCGCCAUUUUAUUAACUAUGCAAAGGCCACACCUGAACGAAAAAUUAUCUUAUUCGCACGCACUAAAAGCUUACAAGCUUUGGAAUUAGCACAGCAAAAUGGUGUCAUUUUACUUCAAUUUCCAGGACUACAAUCACUUGAUGGCGGAAUUUUUGGCGCUAUGCAAACAUAUUUUAGUCAGACACUGGAUCAAUGGACGACUUAUAACACAGGGAAAUCCAUUACCCAAAAUGAUUUAGCACCUCUAACUACAGCAGCUUACUUCAAAGCAGCAACUGAGAGUAAUGCUUUGACUGCGUUUAAAAAUAGUGGAUGUUGGCCGCUUAAUCGUUUUAAGCCUGAAACAUUGAAUACUAUUUUAGAUCCAAGUAAUUCUGGUAAAGAAUCAACUUUGAGUGAUGAAAAUUCUCGUUUAAAAGUCACAACAACACAAAUAUUUUCGAUUACAAAACGUAAUCGAGGUGAAACAAUUGAAGAAAUUGUUACGGUGGACCAAAAAAUUAAAGAAGAAUUAAUUGAAGAAUGUGAUUCAAUGGAAAAAAAAUGUAUUCAAAAUGAAACUUUUGAAGCAAAAUACGAAGGAAAUAAUCUAACAAAUAGUUGUUUGGAGGUACAACACUUGACCAACGCGGAAAAUAUUAAAGUUGAAGGGCAGUUAAAUACAGAAUUUAUAAUUAAGGAUGAAAUAAUUAACGAAAAUAUUUCAGAAUCUGAACAAACUGUUAUUAAUUCAAGUUUAAAUCUUUAUAAACGAACUCACACUUUUUAA